AUGAGGAAACAGUUUCCUAUUCGAUUGUGCUUUGCAAUGACAAUCAAUAAAGCUCAGGGACAAACAAUUCCAUAUGUAGGUAUCUAUCUUCCAGAACCAGUAUUCUCGCAUGGACAACUUUAUGUUGCAUUGUCCAGAGGGGUUUCACGUUGCAAUACAAAAGUAUUAGUAAAGCCUAACGAAAAUUCAAAAGGUGAUGGGGUUUAUACAGCAAAUGUGGUGUAUAAAGAAGAAGAGAGGCGCCCUUCAGCCAGACCUUCUUCUCCGGCCAACCCUUCUUCUCCGGCCGAACCGACGACUCCGGCGAAUCCACUGCAGCCGACGACUCCAAGGCAAUCGGAGGUUGCGACUUCACAGAUGGAUGCUAAUGUCAUAUCAGACAUUGUUCAAAAUGAGAAUUUCUAUACAAUCUCUCAAGUUGCAGUGGUGAGCAAUGCAAUAACAAAUGACAAUGAAGCUGAUGCAAAUGAAGUGCUUGAAGAAGAUGGCAUAGGAGAAGAAGAUGAUGAAGACGCUUUUGACAACAACUUUCAAGUUCCUUCAACUUUUACUAUUAUAGUAGAAACGAAUAUGACCACCGACAACAAUUGGAUUGUGACACAAUUAGCGAGCAAAAAUGAUUUUACACAAGAGUUAGGGAAAGAUUCUUUAAAGGACAAAGAAGAACUUAUUAGAGCUAUCAAGAUUUAUAGUAUUAGGACACAUAAACAGUUUGAGGUUGUUGAGACACGUCCAACUCUAUGGACCAUAAGAUGCAAGUUACAUUUACAAUCCGGUUGCAAAUGGCAAGUUCGUGCAAUCAAACGAAAACGAAGUGGAUAUUUUGAAAUUACAAAGUACAUGGGUCCACAUACUUGUUUAUACAACAAUAUUUCGCAAGACCAUCCAAAUCUAGAUGGAAGCUUGAUAGCCCAGGAAACCAAACAUCUUAUUAAAGAGCAGCCUUCAAUUAGUAUUCCUGCGUUGAGAGCCGAAAUAGUCGAUAAAUUAGGUUAUAUUCCUUCAUACAAAAAGGUUUGGACCGAAAAACAGAAAGCGAUUGAACAAGUAUUUGGCAAUUGGGAAGAAUCUUAUUCUGCUUUACCCAAAUUUCUAUGCGCAGUUCAAAAGUUCAAUCCGGGGACUAUAGUCGAGUGGUUAGUUUUGAGCUCAACCAAUGAAGAACCCAUGGAAUUUAGACGUGUUUUUUGGGCUUUUGCCCCUUCUAUUAAGGGGUUUGUACAUUGUCGGCCGGUGAUUAGCAUUGACGGCACACAUUUGUAUGGUAAGUACAAGGGAACGAUGAUGAUUGCAAUGGGAGUUGAUGGUAAUAAUCAGAUUUUGCCACUAGCAUUUGCAAUUGUAGAAAAUGAAUCGUAUGAUAGUUGGAAUUGGUUUCUUUCUUAUAUCAAGAUUCAUGUGGUAAAAGAACGUGAAGGUAUUUGUUUAAUUUCUGAUCGUCAUCUUGGAAUCCUAAAGGCGGUCAAUCAACAUGGAUCGCCAUGGUUAGAGCCACGUGGUUUUCAUAGGUAUUGUUUACGUUAUUUUAUCAACAACUUUUACGAGAAGUUUCGUAAUUCAGAAUUGAAAGGUCUAGCUUAUCGUGCCGGGAGUCAAAAUCAAGUUGGAAAAUUCAACUCGACCAUGGAAGAAAUUGGGAAGCUAAAUCCACAAGCUAGACAAUGGCUAGAGAGUCAUCCACUUGAUAGAUGGACACUUGCACAUGAUGGUGGGAGGAGAUAUGGGUUGCUCACAACAAAUUUGUCAGAGAUUUUUAAUAGUGUCCAUAAAGGUGCCCGUUUUUUACCAAUCACGGCUUGUGUCCAACUUACUUUUUAUAGAUUGGUGCAUUACUUUGAGGUGAGACGCCCUUUAGGAAACAGUUCACGGGCUAAUGGAGAUGCAUAUACCCCUCAUGUUCUUGUCAAACAAGUAGCUUUGAUGUCAAAAGCAAGUGCACAUUCCUUGAGAUCUUUUAAUCGAGAGAAAUGUAUAUUUGAGUUGAUAACUCAAAGAGGAAGAAAUGUGCAAGUAGUUAAUUUGGAGCAAAAAACUUGCACAUGUGGUAAGUGGGAAGUGUUUAAAUAUCCUUGUUCUCAUGUCUUGAGUGCAUGUGCCACACUUUCUUUGAAUAGUUGGCAAUAUGUUGAUAAAUGUUACUCAAUUGUAAAAUAUUGUGAUACUUGGGCUUCCAAAUUUUCCCCACUUCCUCAUGAAGCGUAUUGGCCACAAUCUUUGUUUAAAGAAUUACUUCCAAAUUUUGAGCUCUUACGGAAUAAAAAAGGUCGUCCCCGCUCAACAAGACUUCGAAAUGGAAUGGACAUUAAAGAAGGAAGAAAAGCGAACCUUUGUGGAAUUUGUAAGCAAAGUGGUCACAAUCGAAAAAAAUGCCAGUCUAAACCAAGGUACAGUUACCAAGAGAUUUUAUCGGCACACAUACAUGGUCAUGGUGAUGGUCUUCUUUGCCUCCGGUCACUAGAUUCACCACUAGGCACAGUUUUUAUGAUUUUCCAGGUUUUGUUCUAAAAUCAUAUAGUUUAUGAUUGUUCAUUUAGUUCCAUGUUACUCAAAUCUCUCAAAAGUGCUACCAUCAGAUCGUAUACUUACCAGUGGAGUCUGGUUCAUUUGAAUUUGAAACUAUAUUGUUAAUUUGUUAGAUAAGAAGCUCUUAAUAAAUGUCUAUUUACGUACAUAAGGAAAACUUAUUCACUCAAUAUCAUUGAAUAUUUUUAUCUUGGCAUGAAGUGUUUUGCAGAGUCUAAAAUGAUACACUACCAGUAAUGGAAAGUUGGUUAAGGCAACCUUUUCUACUACAAUGCACCAAAUCUGUGACUCUUUCUUUUAUUCUUUUCCCACUUUAUAUUUUCUUUUUUCUUGUCAUCUUUAUAUGUUUUCCUGAAUUAUUUCUUUAUAAUUUUUGUGUUCUUGGUUGAUGAAUGUUUAUUUUCUUUUUGAGUUUUAGGUUGUGUCUGAUAUCAAGGGCAGAUUUAUUCAUGUAUCCACAACCAAGGUCAGAGCAGUAUUAGUGCCCCAAAUUUCUGUUUCUACAUCAGCUUGCGUCAAAAGGUGGGAAUGAGUAUGGCUACUUGAGAUGAUGCAUGGUUAGCUAUUGGCUGACUUUGAGCUAUUUUGUAGUAGGUAAUUUGUCAAUCUUUCAACCUUCACAUGCAUAAAUUUCACCCAUUUAUGUUUUCGUUGUUUUAUACUUGAUGCAAAUAACUGGUUUUCGACAUUUUUUUCUAUUUCACAUGAACUACAAUUGCAUGUAGUUUCAUGUGUUGAAACACAAAAUGAUUAGCCAAAGAAAUAUCAGCAGGAAUGGAUGAAGGAGGUCUUGAAGUUUGAUCUUUGUUUGACUCUGACAUGAAGUUUUUUGAUGAACAAUCGGUUGUUUGAAUAUGAUGAAAAUGUAACAUUAACCUAUUGGGAUGAAUGUGUGUUUUUAACCCAUUGAAAAAAGAAUUAU